UUUCGUUUUCAAACCCAGCUGAAGCCGUUGCAUAUAAGAGUAGGGUAAGUCGUAUUUCUGCUGAGACUAAAAAAGUCAGUCAAUGAAUCAAUAGAUUCUAACAAAUUUUGUGCUAAGUGUGAAGAAAAUAUUUCUUUUUUUUUGCUUUGUGGUUAAAAAAAACACUCAAUCAUGGCUAAUAGAGAUAAAGCAACAAACCAGUUGCUGGAUUAUAAAAAGUCCAUAGGUGACGCAGCGACAACAAUUACGACCAGCUCGGGGGAGCCGAUUGGUAUUAAGGAUGCAGUUCUCACAGUGGGGCCGAGAGGACCUCUUCUAUUCGAAGACUUUCAUUUUCUCGAUGAGCUCGCACAUUUCGAUCGUGAGCGAAUUCCUGAACGUGUGGUCCAUGCUAAGGGCGCUGGAGCUUUUGGAUAUUUCGAAGUUACCCAUGACAUAACAAAAUAUUGUGCAGCAAAAGUUUUUGCAGGUGUGAAUAAACGAACACCAAUUGCUGUCCGUUUUUCCACCGUUGGAGGCGAAAGCGGUUCGGCUGAUACUGUGCGUGAUCCGAGAGGGUUCGCAGUCAAGUUCUACACAGAAGAAGGAAUUUGGGAUCUUGUUGGGAAUAAUACUCCAAUAUUUUUCAUAAGGGAUCCAACAUUAUUCCCAAGUUUUAUUCACACACAAAAACGCAAUCCUCAAACACAUCUCAAGGACCCAGAUAUGUUUUGGGAUUUCUUUGCUCUCCGACCUGAGGCUACACAUCAGUUUGCAAUUCUAUUCUCAGAUAGAGGAAUUCCCGAUGGUUUUCGUCACAUGAAUGGGUAUGGAUCGAAUACCUUUAAAAUGAUAAAUUCCUCCAACGUACCUGUCUACUGCAAGUUUCAUCAUAUAACCGAUCAAGGGAUACGAAACUUGGAUCCCAAGCGUGCUGCAGAAUUGGCUUCAUCAGACCCAGACUACAGCACACGAGAUUUGUUUAAUGCAAUUGCAGAGGGAAAAUUUCCAAGUUGGACAAUGUACAUUCAAGUUAUGACCUUUGAGCAAGCCAAAACCUACAAAUAUAAUCCUUUUGAUGUGACUAAAAUCUGGCCACAUGAGGAUUUCCCAUUGAUUCCGGUUGGAAAAUUGGUGCUUAAUCGAAAUCCUAAAAAUUACUUUGCUGAAGUUGAACAAAUUGCUUUUGCUCCGUCUCACAUGCCUCCCGGCAUUGAACCGUCUCCAGAUAAAAUGCUUCAAGGAAGGCUCUUUUAUGGUGAUACCCAACGCUAUCGGCUGGGAGUGAACUAUUUACAGUUGCCUGUUAAUUGUCCUUAUCGUGUGGCAGUUAAGAACUACCAACGUGAUGGUAGAAUGUGUUUCACGGAUAAUCAAGAUGGAGCUCCAAAUUACUAUCCGAAUUCUUUUGGUGGACCCCAGGAAUCUCUACGUGCUAGAAAUUUACGGGAACGAUUUUCAGUGACUGGAGAUGUAGAUCGUUAUCGUAGUGGUGAUGAGGAUAAUUUCUCACAAGUUACUAAUUUUUGGUUGAAUGUUCUCUCUUGUCAAGAGAGAAGAAGAUUAGUUGAAAAUAUUGCUGCAAGUUUGAUUAAUGCUAAUCCAACUAUUCAAGUGAAGGCUUUGAGUAAUUUUACCCAAGUUCAUCCUGAUUUGGGAGCACAACUUACAAGGGCUCUGAAGCUACUGAGUUCGACUAAAAUGUAAUCAUUAUGUUUAACUUUAUUUAAAUGCAUGUAAUUCGUAUAAUCU